CAGCAGAGCUGCAGGAGCCAGGAGAGGCCGUGUGUGCAGGGCUGUGCUCGGACAGCGUGCCCGGACAGCCAUGGCCUGGGCCGGCACCGCGCUGCUGCUGAGCCUCGCCGCCCUGCUGCCCGCGGAUGCUGCGCCCUGCGGAGCCCAGCGCCCCGACAGCUCCACGGCAUCCGAGCUGCUGGGGACGUGGCUGUACCUGGCAGGGGCUGCCCAGUUCCCCCAGCACCAAGUGGAGAUGCUGCUCAUCGAUCACGCCUUCCUGCGCUUGGAGCCCGGUGCCAGCGGGCAGCAGCUGCUCAUCAGCCACUACGUGGCCGUGGGGGACCAAUGUUUUACCAACAACCUCACCUACCUGGAAGUCAGUGUCGGUAAUGCCACGCUGGUGAAGGAUGCCAAGACCCAGCGAACUGAGGGGAUGCUGAUGAACAUGAGCUCUGAAAACCUUUUACUCAUCCAGUACCAAAUGCAGAAGGACAGGACGUAUUUGGGGCAGUAUCUCUAUGCCCGGAAUCUGAGCAUAAGCACAGCGGACCGGGAGGAAUUUGAGCGCCACGUGGAGUGCCUGGGGCUGAGGGCAGAGCAGAUCGUGUUUGCGCCUUGGAAAACGGAGGUGUGUCAAGUGAAAGCUGAAGGCAGCAGCAGCAGCCCACAGGCAGAGCCCGUGGCUGCAGUGACAGCAUCACCUGCCCCAGGUGCUCCCUGGCCUGGGAGCGCAGGGAACUGACCCCACACAGGGCAAUAAACGCUUUCUUCAAAUCAGA